UUGUGUUUUAUUGUAUGAUCAGGUUGAAUUGUGGUUUCCUAGUGAUAGAGAUCAUCUUGUUCCAGAUGACCCAUCAGCACCUUUGCCCUUUGACAGAUUAAACAAUCUUAAGAAGUUUUUCUUCACUUUGUUUGCGAGCACCGACUCAUCUUCAGUGAUGUUGGAUUACAUGAACAUGCUGCUGUAUUUCUGCUGUCAUCCUGAACCGACUCAGGGUUUCAUAAGAGCUUUGAGUCUUGUGACCGAACAUCCACUACAUUAUAAACACACAAGCCCGCUUGUACAGUCUGUGUCACAUAUAGUGGAUGCUGAGUUUGAUGCUGAUGAAGAGGAGGAGGGGAGAGGGGCGGGGUCUGAUGAAGUGGGCGUGUCUGUUGAUGAUGUGCUCAGAGUUUUGAGUCAUGGAGAGAAUCGCAUCUCCUCACAUCCAAAUCGAUUUCACAUGAACUGCAGGAGCAGGGAUGAAUACAGAGAGGAGCUGCUAAAGGUGUGGAAAGAGUUGGACUUUAAAUCAGAGGAGAAGAUACCGUUCUCCACGCUAUCCCAGCAUCCUUUUCUACAGGACCUCAUGGAAACCUCAUCACAGUACCUGCUUGUUGAUAUUCACAAAAUUCUGCAAAGCCAGAAAACUGAAGGAGAUUUCAAAACCUGAGACAUCAUAAACAUUACACAUAAUGUUCCAACACCAAAAUAUACUUUGUGCAAAAGA